AUGAAUAAAAGUGCAAAGUUUAGCUUGAAACUUCUCAUCGAUGAGAAGACAAACAAAGUUGUUUUGGCAGAGGCUGGUCAGGAUUUCGUUGAUGUGCUCAUGAGUCUCUUGACUCUCCCAAUGGGUAAAGUUGCUAGAUUGCUGGAGAAUCAAAAGGCGGUCCUAGGCUGUUACAAAAACCUCAACAGAAGUGUUGCAAAUAUGGGCAUCGAUCACUUUGAGACUGAAGCUUGCAAGAGCAUGUUGAUGUGUCCAAAGAGUACUAUGGAGAUCCAUUGCAGUAGGCUCAAGCUGAACAUGAGUCACACUAAUCCCACCAACUUCUUUGUCUGCCCAAAAUUGUUUCAGACUACUGAUUCAUGCAGCAGCAGGGCAUACAGCAAUUUUAACACCUCAAGAUGUAGUUGUGGAUCCUUGAUGAACGCUCAAAUUCCGGUCCCAGAAGAAGAACAGGUUGGAGAAGUCAUAGGAAACAAUGCAGAUGGAGUUUUAGUCAAUUGCCGAUCCUCAUUCAUUGUCACUGAUGAUUUGAAAGUAUCAGUGAACUCUAUUGGUCUAGUCAUGCAAGCUCUUAAUGAAUUAGGGUAUGUUGAUUGUAGUGAUCUGCGUGAAACCCUACUUGAUGUAGGGUUCGAAGAGGUGUUGAAUCUACUGGGAUGUUUGUUCACUUCAGAAUCUCCCUUGACAUGCGCAUUUCUCAGAAAAACUUGCGUGACAAGGAAGCAUCUAAUGUUGUCUCCUCCAGCGACAAUAAAGGGGAAAGUAUGUUCAGUGAAAGUAUUUGUUCGAAAGCUUGACAGGGAGAUUCUUUAUGCUGAAUGCAAUGAAGACUUCAUUAACUCUCUUCUAAGCUUUCUUGUUCUCCCUCUUGAGCUGGCUUGCUCAUUGUCUAAUGACAAUACUAUCUUUGGAUGUGUUGGAAAUUUGUGUAGAAGUCCUUGUAGAAGAACUGCUUCCGGAAGUUGUCGUCAUCCUUAUUAUUAUAUUUUCUCUAACAUCCAUCUGCUUAACUACACAAGCCAAUCAGUACCGUAUGAUUGUUUCAUUCCUCGGAAUUAUUACUCUUACUCGUGUUACAAAGUCGCCAGGAGCAUUGAAAGAUCUCUCUCAGAUGGUGGCAAAAUUGUGCGUUUGCAUCCAAAUGAUCCAAAAGUGAAGCCUGGAACUUCAUCAGGAAGUGGGAGCGGGUUUAUGAAGAAACAUACAAAGUUUGUCGUGUCUAAUGAUCUUACCAUAACUCCGAUGAAUUCAUUUUCGACCAUUGGCUUGUUAAAGAAGACGCAGGUAGGCAGCAUAAGUGAUCUCGAGGAGUAUCAGCUUAGCAUUUCCAAACCAGAGCUCAUUAGCAUUCUCAGAGCUUCCUUGACGUCCUCCUCUGCAUUGACCAUUGGUCUCUCAAACUUGCUCGUGAAGAAACCAAAGGAAAAAACUUAA